AUGGGAGCGAGAAAGAUUUCGAUAACAGGUCUUCCGCAGAUUGGUUGUUUGCCAAUUCAGUCAACUGUGGGUUCCAUCACACCAGGUCCCAACAUGUUCCAACAUGAGUGUGUAGAUGAACAGAACACUGACUCCCAAGCCUAUAAUGCCAAGCUUCAAGCUUUAUUCACAAGCUUGGAAGCUUCACUCCCUGGUGCCAAAAUUGCUUAUCCAGACAUGUACAGUCCUUUGAUAGACAUGAUUGUCAACCCUAGAAAAUAUGGUUUUGAGCAUACCCUAAGAAGUUGUUGUGGGACCGGAUACAUAGAGAUGGCUGGUCUGUGCAGCAGUUUGACAAUACCUAUCUGUAAAGACUCUUCCAAGUUUAUUUUCUUUGAUGCAAUCCACCCAACGGAAGCUGCUUACCAGAAGAUUGCCAAUGAUAUGAUCUAA